GCCAGGUGCACGGCCCCCGCACGCGCGACGGCAGCAUGCCCUCUUGGCCCAACCUCUCGGAGUGCUUCUCCCACAACUGCAGCUGGGAGGAGACCCACAACGCCACGGGGUUCGCCGACUUCGGCGUGCCUCCUCUCAAUUACUACUCCAUCCCUCUCCUCACCGGCAUCACCAUCGCCUGCACUAUGCUGUUUCCGGUCGGGGUGGCCGGCAACGUCAUGACCAUUCUGGUGGUGAGUAAGUACCGGGACAUGCGCACGACUACCAACCUGUACCUGUGUAGCAUGGCCGUGUCAGACCUGCUCAUCUUCCUGUGUAUGCCUCUGGACCUCUACCGGAUGUGGAGGUACAGGCCCUGGCGGUUCGGGGCCGUGCUCUGCAAGCUCUUUCAGUUCGUGUCAGAGUCCUCCACCUACUCCACCAUCCUGAGCAUCACGGCGCUGUCGGUGGAGCGCUACCUGGCGAUCUGCUUCCCCCUGCGGGCCAAGGCCCUGGUUACCAAGAGGCGGGUGCGCGCUCUCAUUCUCAUACUGUGGACGGUGUCGCUCGUCAGCGCCGGGCCCGUGUUCAUCAUGGUGGGGGUGGAGCGGGACGGCGCGUCGCCCGGCGGCGUCAUCUCGGCGAUGAACGAGACGGACUUCUCCCCGGAGGCCGGGGACACCCGGGAGUGCACAAUGACGCACUACGCGGUGGAGUCGGGCCUGAUGGGGGCCAUGGUGUGGUUGAACUCGGUGUUCUUCUUCAUGCCGGUCUUCUGCCUCACGGUGCUCUACAGCCUCAUCGGCCGCCGGCUGUGGCAGAGAGACCGAGAGACGGGCAUCAGCUCGCGCGUGGCUCACCGGGACAAAAGCAACCGGCAGACCAUCAAGAUGCUCGUGGUGGUGGUCCUGGCCUUUGUCCUGUGCUGGCUGCCGUUCCACGUGGGUCGCUACGUGCACUUUCGCUCUCUGGACGCGCCGUCCCCGCUGCUGUCCGUGCUGUCCGAGUACUGCAACUUGGUGUCCGUGGUCCUCUUCUACCUGAGCGCCGCCAUCAACCCCAUCCUCUACAACACCAUGUCCUGGAAGUACCGGGGCGCGGCGGCGCGCCUCUUCGGCCUGGCCGACAGUCAGCCGCCGCGAGGCCGCACGGCCAGCAGCGUGAAGGGAGACGGCUCCAACGGCUGGACCGAGUCCACGGUCAGCUUCUAG